AUGAACCGGCCAGCGCCUGGAGCCAUAACGGCCGAGUCCGAGCCUCGCAAACGCCGUCGACCCGCCAAAUCAUGCGAGCAGUGUCGCCAACGCAAAGUUCGUUGUGACCGCAACGUCCCCUGUGGGCCUUGCAGGCGCUCUCGUUCCUCAGUGGACUGUUCAUAUCGGCAGGCGCUCCGUUCUCCGUGUCCAAUUGCGGUCGACCCGACUGCUUUGCCUGCGACGCAACAGGGGACUUCCACCACUAACUUGGACCCGGCUGAUCAUAUUAUUCCUGAGGUUCAUCGACAGGAUCUGACGGAAAUUGUAGCUACGUCAUCCACUUAUCGCUCUGAAGCCAGGAACGCAGUUCAUGGACCUGCUAGCACUCGGGAACCGCCUAGUCCUUCGCAGCAUGGCUCGUCAGUCCGUCACCUUCAGGAACGCUUGCAACGCCUAGAGGAGCAGCUGGCAGAUCCAGCUGCAGGGGCAGAUCAAUCUCUGGAACGAACUCUGCGGGAUCUGUGUGGUAAGGUUUCAAGAUUGGAGGAACGAUUGUCUCAGUCCGUGCAUUCUACCCCGGGAAGGGAGCCGGGACGAGAAGAGCAUGGAAGAGGUGCGCAGGAGCCAGAUUUGCCUUCGACACCCCUGCGGCUGCAUGCGAAAGUGCGAAAGAUGAAGCUUUUUGGUCCGACUCAUCAUGUCUACACUUUGGAUAAGCUUCAAAUGCUCGGCUCCCUCACCGGAAAGGAACCGCAGUCUCUAUAUCCCGAGCGUAAGGUUGAACUGGCGAAUCUUAUCAAGGAGUGUCGGAACCUGCGCAAAUCGGUCAAGAAAGAACAGUCUCUGAAGACAAAUGAUCCUGUGUCGGACCUGCGCAACUCGAUCCCCGCAAGAGAUGUGUGCGACGAAUUGGUACGCUGCUACAUGGACACUUUCGAGCCUGUGUACAGAGUCCUCCACUUGCCAACUUUCGGGAAGGAAUAUCAGCGGUUCUGGGAGGAACCUUCGGCCAAAGUCACGCCUUUUCUUAUCAAGUUGACCCUGGUGCUCGCUAUCGGCAUUACGUUUCAUCCGCGGCGAGGCAGGGCAGGUGCGGAACAUGAUACGCAGCUGGUUCAGUCCUGGAUUUACGCGGCUCAGUGGUGGCUCGUUGGACCUACAGAACGAUUAACAUCCAGCUUAGAAGGUAUUCAGGCUUUUUGUCUUCUGCUUCUUGCUCGUCAGAUGGGGGCUCUGGGGCCCUCUAAUUGGCUGUCUCCAGGGUCUCUCCUGCAGGCAGCCACAGCGAUGGGCUUGCAUCUGGACUCUGCCAGUUUUCCCACCCUGCCGCCUUAUAUGGCAGAGAUGCGCGCGCGCUUAUGGACGACCGUCCUAGAGCUCACAAUCCAAUGCUCCCUGGACACCGCGGUGCCACUCAUCAUUCCCUCUUCAUCCGAUAGCAAACCACCUGGCAACCUUUAUGACAAAGACCUCGAUCCCGACAUGAAACAAGCAACCACCGCCCGACCCAUGUCCGAACUCACAGACUCCUCCAUCCAGCUACUUCUGCAUGAAUCAUUCCCUCUCCGCGCUGAAGCUGUCAACCUCAUCCAUGACCGCUCUAAGCUCACGUAUGCCAAAGCCAUUGAGUUGGGCAAUACCCUCCGAGAUACCUGCCAAACCGUUGCCGCUUUUUUUGCCUCCCAUACCCCGUCUCCCACGACGCCUCAACACCAACACCAGCAUCAAUACACAAAUGGCGACCUUCGCCCAACGUCUUUCCACCGUAAGUUUCUCGACAUGAUACUCCGCCGGUACAUUCUUCUCCUUCACCUUCCCUUCAUGCGCCAGGCCGCCACCAACCCACAAUACCACUUCUCACGUAAGGUCUGCCUGGAAUCCGCCAUGAUCAUCGCCUCUUAUGCAAAUACCCUCACCCUUCCUGCCACUGCCGACCUUGAUGAUUUCGCCCGACUCCUCAUCGCGGGCCGUGGCUCUUUCCGCGGGCCUCUGAGUUUGGAACUCUUUUCAAUCCUCGGACUAGAAGUUAUCACUCAACUCGAAGAAUCCCCUCCUUCCCCCUUUUCUUCAGGGACGACAAAUCCCUUAGACGAGCUUGCUCGUGCAACCAGGGCUCCCCUGAUCAAAAGCCUGGAGCACAUCCGCGACCAGAUUUUUCAGGUAAUCCGCCUCGGUACACCGAGUCUCAAACGGUGUAUUAUUCUCUCGGCAAUGUUGGCGCAGAUCCGCGCCAUGGAGAUGGGUGAGCCUGUCCAAGAGGCGGUCGGCGAGUCGCUCGUACUGAGCCUGAGGGAUUGUUAUGCUGCAUUGCAGGAUUCCGCGGCCAAGUCGCAGUGCGAGGUGGAGGUUGCAGCCAUGGCGACGGGGUCGAGUUUGGAGAGUCCGACCGGGUUAACGGGGGUUGGGUUCGGUGCCGUAAGUUUGUGUCCUUCGCUCCUGAAGGGGCUACUGGCAAUCAACUGA